GGCGACGCAGAUCAAGACGUACUCGUGGGACAACGCUCAGGUGAUCCUGGUCGGGAACAAGUGUGACCUGGAGGACGACCGGGUCGUCCCCACGGAGGACAGCCAGCGGCUGGCGGAGGAGCUAGGUUUCCAGUUCUUCGAGGCCAGCGCCAUGGACAACGUCAACGUGAAGCAGGUGUUCGAGCGUCUGGUGGACGUCAUCUGUGAGAAGAUGAGCGAGACCAUGGAGGGGGACAUCAACCUCAUAACCAACCACAGGAACCAGCAGCUCAAAGACUCGCCUUCAGAGGGCCACGGGGGCUGUGCUUGCUGAAUCACGUGCCCCGACACACACACACACACACACACACACACAGACACAGACACACACACACAGACACACAGACACAGACACACACACACACACACACAGAGACACACAAACACAGAUCCUCGAACAUGAAGACCUUCCUUCUGUGUGCCUCAGCGAUGUGAAGUGCUCCACCAUGAACCAGAGGACAGCAUGCUGCGAUAGUCUCCAUCAACCCCCCCCCCCCUCCCAAGGCCUGUCUUUUGUCCCUAAAUUCCUCCAGGAUACGUCCACCAGCGAUCAUGGACACUCAAGACAACGAUUGUUACUCCAGCCGCCGCAAUGCAGCGCUCAUGGGGAAAAAUACGCGGCAGGUCUAUUUUAGAUGGAGCCGAGGGAGGGGCCUUCAACAAGGGGGGGGGGGGGGGGGGGGGUCAGCAGGCAGGACGCUACGCUACGCUACGCUACGCUAACAACGCUCCCGGUGUCUAUGACGCGUGGCGCACAACCUAACCAAACCGGAGUGUGGCGCAUCUGGACCUGGUGGACUUUCGGAGUCCUUCUUUUACCUUUUCAAGAGCCGCCAUUGUUCUCUGUCUCUAACAGUUCAGCAGCUUUGUUUUCUGAGUCAAAUAUGUCUCGUAGAAAAGCAGAAGUGAUGCCAAAUGGUGUUUUGGGAUGGCUGUUACUUCUGUUUGUCAGAUUCAGUCCGCGUGCUGAGGUUUGGGAUGAUUGACACGUUGAGCUUUGUGUGGCUGAGAGUUGAAGCCCGACGUUGUUGGAGACUCUGUUUGACUAUUACAGGAAGUCGUUUAACGCCGGUGGCGCUGUCUCACUCACCCCGGUGUGCCUGUCUUUCUACAGCGCCUUGUCUCACACACGUGCUUUCAUAAUGACAACACACACCACACACACACACACACAACACACACACACACAACACACCACACACACACACGGCAAAAGCUAGACCUCACACACACACACACACGGCAAAAGCUAGACCUGUGUCUGUCUGGUCUGUCUGGUUUUCUGUGUGUGUGGGUCUGUCUGUCUGUUCUGUCUGUCUGUGUAAAUGUGUGUCUGGGGAUAUGUGUGUGUAAAUGUGUGUGUCUUUGUAUGUGUGUGUGUGUGUCUGUCUGUCUGUCUGUCUGUCUGUCUGU